CCCACGGAGCUGGCGGCGCGACCGGACCGGACCGAUGUGGCGCAUGCGUGGUGGCGCCACCCGACGCGGGAGCUGCGGCGGGGACGGCGGCGGGAGCCGCGGAGAGUCGGGCCGCACCGGCCGGGCCCGUGGCGGCGUCGGUGGCGGCGUGGGUUGGCGAGGCCGAGCGGGCGGCGCCCGGCGACAGCUGGAGGAGCGCUUCGCCGACCUGGCGGCCAGCCACCUGGAGGCCCUGCGCGCGCGCGACGAGCGGGACCGGCAGAACGCGCGGCUGCGCGAGGAGAACGCCCGCCUGCGGCUGGAGAACCGGCGGCUGAAGCGCGAGAACCGUAGCCUCUUCCGCCAGGCUCUGCGGCUGCCGGGCGACAGCGGCGAGCUCGAGGCCGCCGACCCGACCGUCGCCCGGGACGAGCUCCCCACCGACCGCGGGGCUGGAGGCGGAGCCCCCCAGGACGAGCCUGGCAGCCCCAGGACGCUGCGGGCCCGGCUAGAGAAGCUGGAGGUCAUGUACCGCCGGGCGCUGCUGCAGCUGCACCUGGAGCAGCGGGGCGCGCGCCCACCGACGGCCAUCGUGGAGCCAUCGCCCCGAGAAACGGCCGCCGGCCUGGCCGCCCAGGACCGGGACGUUCCCGGCCCUUGGCUGUAG